AUGGUCUUUGUCACACUUCAGCCGUCGGAGCUCACGGCCUUUGCUGCGGCGCACCCCGACUAUGAGAAGCCGCUCUCGGAGCUCUGUGCGCUCUGGAAAAGCAUGCUACUCAACGGCGGCCUCGACGUUAAUUUUUACGAGCUCGAGGGCGCCAAGGUGCUCGCGGGGCUGCAGAAAGGAUCGCGGGUGCAGGAGCUCCACGCCUUCCUCUUUGAGCAGCCUCAAGUCGCUGAAAUCCAAUGGAACCAAGAGACGUUGUAUCCUCCGAGCGCCAAAAGCCACAAGCCACAAAAAGCCAGAAAGGCCAAAAAAGCAAGAAAGGUCAAGUCGACGCACCCAAAGACGGAGCUGUAG